AUGCACCUAUUCUCUCUCACAGAUUAACAGCCUGAUUAGCAAAGGGUGCAUGAUAAUUACAUAGAACAAACGUACUGAAUAAUUUCAGAGCUCUUUCUCACUCUUCAGUCUCAUCUUCCGCAAUUUUCUCACUCUGCUUUUGAUCACUUCAUUUUAUCUCUCUAAAAAUUUGAAACCUUUACUUCAUCAAUUAUUUACCCACAAUAUCUUAACCAUCAUGGAAUGCGAUAUAGCAAUCGCAAACAACAACCCAUUUCUUCCGACGACUUCACCACCGCCGCCACCAGUUUAUGCACCCAGUAACGGCGCAUCACCGUCGCCGCAGAGAAGCUCGAAAGAUGAGUGCUUUAGCUGCAAAAGACAAGGCCACUGGGCUAAAGAUUGCCCCAGCAAAAACCCCAAGAAAUCAACUCCUUCUUCUCCGUCGUCUUCUACUCCGGUCAGAUGCCCGUGUGGCCGUGGCAACUGUCGUGUUAAAACUUCAAUGACUCAGAAAAAUCCUGACAGGGAUUUCUAUUCUUGUUAUUCUUCUGACUGUAGGUUUUUCAAAUGGUGUGAUGAGUUAAGUAAAAUUACUAGCAGAGCUCCUAUGUGUCCCUGUGGUGUUGGGAUUUGUAGUGUCAAUGGAGUUUCUACCGGCCCUAAUAAACACAGAUGGUACUUUGCUUGCCGGAUUAAAAAGGGUUUGUUCCUCAUUGAAAUUGAGAAUUUGAUGCAGAACCAUGGGGCUUGUGAGUUUUUCCAGUGGGCAGAUUCGGAAGUCAACACUAUGAUUAAGACACCUGAGGGUGAAAGCAAGGAGUACUCUUCUCUUCAGUCCAGAUUCAGUGCUGCAAUGAAUGACUUGGACAAGAAUGAUAUGAGUUCUGAGAAUGAAGAGUCACCGCUAGUGCCGAACUCUGAAAAUUCUCUAAAUCUCCCAAAUACAACUUUACAUUCAGACCAAGUUAUAAUCUGCAAUGCAGACCUCGUCAUGCAAGAAGCAGAGUCCAAUGAUUCCAUGACACGGAAUGAGGAUCAGGUUUUCCAGCCAAUGGACCAUUCACAGAAUCUUUUCCAGAAAGUGUCAUGGAAGCAAACAUCUGUUUUGGGGAAUACUGUAACUGAAGGUAUUUUCCCCAACUUUGACCCUGUUAGGUGUUCAGAAAAUGUAAAUAUCUACAACAAUGAAGGCCGUUUUCUCUUACCACAUAGAGUUUUGAGUGCCGAAAGUGACAUGCCAACAUUGAGAGCUUCUUUGCAGGAUGCUCGACUUUCGGAUGCUGUAUUUCCUGAGCCUUCAAGGCAGGAAAAUCAUUCUGGGAUAAUUCCGGACAGCAAUGUUUCGCCGAAGUCAAUUUUAAAGACAUUUGGGCAAUCGCUUUUUGAUAUUUUGGAAUCCAUAAAUCCUCCUGAUUCUAUACAAAUGCUAAAGGUGGCAGAAUCCACUCUAAUUGCCUUUCAGAGGCUUUCCAUUGAUUGCGGUCCGUUUGCUGAGGCCGUGAAGGAUUACAUUCACAAUAUUUCAGUUUUGACUGCAAUUGAAGGGUCUAUAAAUGAAGGUCCAUCAUAUGAAGCGCUGAUCAAGCGUCAUGAGAGUGAGAAAGUUAGGUUUGACGAUGUUUCUCAUCUCCACACCGAGGCAGAAGCUGCAUACAGCACUUCAGAGAAUCACCUCCAAUCACUUCAAGAAGAAGUCUCACGUGUCAAAGGCAUACUCGUUCAACUUGAAAAACAGUUGGUUGCAUGUGAAGCAGAGACAGCAUUGCUCAAGGCUCGUGCUAAUGAAGUUUCCGAGGAUGUAGCUGUGUCGAAGAGAAGCAUGGACGCUGCCUAUAGUGAAAUGGAAACAGCUUCAGAACUUAAACGGCAGAGAGAGUACGUGCGUGAUGCAGCAGGGGUAGCAUUGGAGACUGCACGGAUCUGGCUGGAAGAACAUUGAUUUACUCAAAAAAUCAGUAUGAUGUAUAGAAUCAAUUAGUUAUCUUGUAAGUAAAUUAAGUUUGAACUGUAAAUCUUAUGUGUAGUAAGAUGAUAUUAUCCUAAGUAUGAGGGUUCCUUAUGUAACUAUGUUGUAUGUAGAAUUAUAUAAUAACAUUAUUAUGUCACUUAUGGUGAGUGUUCAUUAGUAUAAUAACAUUGUUAUGUAA